AUGGCCUCAUACUACCCAGAAGGCGAAUGCUACUUCGUCAGAAACUCUUUAAGAUAUAGUUCCCACUGGAGUGCAAACAACCAAACUCAGUUCUACAGAACCGUUCUUCUUGAGUACUACUGGAACGGAUGGCCAGCGACUGGCGUGACCCAGAGAUCUCAUCCCCGGUCACGCUGGCAGCAUGGUACACCCUCCGGAAUUGGAGGCACACGGUUCGGGGACUGGGACAGGUUCUGGAUGGGCGAGAGCAGAACCAAGUCACCGUCGAACAUGCUCAGAAUUCACAGUCAUCCCAACAGCCUCAAUUGGAAUGAAUGCAGAGACCACCAGAGAGGCGGCCAAAGAAAGUACAUCCUUCGUCCAGUGGAAAUCUUGGAGCCCGAUACCCAGUGGCUAUGGAUCGAUGCUACAAUCCCUCUGAGAGCUAUCUACUUCCCUGUCGCAUUCAACACAGACCAAGCAUUCACUAACCUGUGUACCUAUGUCGUUAUCGACUUCAGACACAGGACGCAACUUCAGAUGGUCGAUAUCAACGGUUGGACCAGGAUUUUUAAUCUCAACUCCCAUAACGGUCUUGGCUGGAAUGAUGGUGUCACAUGGGGUUUCAACAUAAAGGACAUCAUUGCCUAUCUUUGCAUCCCACACAAGCUGCGCAAUCCAGACUAUGGGUUGUUUGAAUCCAAACUGCGUGGCCAAGAGCUGGUUGUUUUCGCCAACUCGUCGUUAGUUUGGAGAUCUUCUUUCGCGACCACGAACCAUCGAGAUUUCUUCCGCGAGAUGGAUUUCGCCAGAAUCCUCAGCGCCACCUUUGGCGUCGAGGUCGGUUGGAGACCAUACCAGCACAACCCUUUCCUCAGGGACAUGCUCAUACGAAUCACUCAACUAGGCCUGGGCUUCAUCCCGGUCGCCGGACCCAUCCUUUCAGUCGUGUUCGGAAUAGGACUUCAGCUGCUCACAGAUCCCGAGUCGUUCGGAAGGGACAAUAUCCUUGAUCUCACCUUUGCCGUUCUAGAGGCCGUGAUCGAAUCUGGCACGAGAAGUCAGAAGUUUAUCGCACCAGAUUGGCUUGCACAGUGCCCAUGUGGCGGCCAGCAGCGGGGUGUUCCGUUGACGGAUGAGCAGAGAGAGGCUCGCAAGAAGUUGGGCGAGGAGAUCAACAACCGUCUGACUGCAGAGUUGAAUGCUAAGCCUGUCAUACGCUCUCUUGAGGAGCAGGAGAAGCUUCUCAAUGGGCGGGUUAUGGAUUUUCAAGAUGAGGCUACAGAGACAACCCGGGAUGAGGAGCCGGGAGAAGAGCCGGAGGAGAAACAGGAAGUUGAGAAGCAGGAAAGUAAGGGCGGGACUGAGGAAACUGGUGAGAAACAUGAUUAA